ACAGGCGCCAUCGACUUACGCGAAAUGACCGGAAAAGUGUACAGGGUGCUCCGAUAGUAUGAGCGCGCCUCAGAAGGACCCCGGGGACUGCCCCAAGGGGCCCCCCGAUAGCCCCAAGAGGGCUCCCGAUAGUCCCCAUAGCCCGGCCAGCAAGAAGCUCCGGGACAGGGUGAGUUUCUUCGAGAAGGUGUGGACCGGCUCCGGGUCGGGAGCUGUAGGCGAAGGAGUUGCCGGAGUAGAUGUCCAGGAUCUGGAGCGUAGACUGGAGCAGGAGCGGCACCGGCACGUGGGGCACACACAGUUGGAGCACGUCACUUUGAGACAGACAUCGUCGCCGAGGCAUGCGGUGCAUCUUGCAGGCAUUGGGCCGGACGGAACUUUCCAGGAAACCUACACCUCGACGACAGAAGAAGGCGACCUAGCCUCCGGAACGAAAUCCGUGAAGUUUGAGAAAGUCACGGUCCGCAAAACGAUAAAGCACAUCACCACCAGCUCCUCGACUUCAUCCGUGCGCCACCUAUCGACCGCCAGCCGAACCCCCUCCGAGGAGUUGGUCGACGACUCCGCCUACUUGACGCAAUCGAACGGAAACGUGGCUUCGAACUCGAAAACUUCCAGCGCCAGUUCGCUCACCGGGAAGUUUCCCUCCGAGGAGAGCCUGAAGAGUCCGGAGGACCAGAAGAGCCCUUCGAGGGACGAAUGGGACGCGGAAAGUAACAGUAGUAAAGUGACGAGUUCUAGUUCCGAGUGGUACAGCGAAUACAGGACUCACAGCUUCCACACCGGAUCUAGCAAGCUGGAUUACGUGAGGAGCAAGUCGCAGUACGACGAGCAUAUUCAACAUAUUAGAGGUCAGUUUUUUAAAUUCAUGGGAUAAACAUGGGUGGUUGUAUUCUAAUUGUUAAUGUAUAUGAG